ACCUUGAUAUUAUCAGCAUUAGCCAGCACUUCUUUUUUCUUGGGACUCCAAUAAUAUUGCUUUCUCUUUCUUGUUAUUGCAAUUAUUGCUACAUGGUACAUUAGUCUAUCAGUUAGUACCUAAACAAAAUCACCCAAAAAAUGGAAAAAUCACAUCAGAAUGAACACCCAAUUAAGGCCUUUGGAUGGGCAGCUAGAGACACCUCUGGGGUUCUUUCUCCGUUCAAUUUUUCAAGGAGAGCAACAAGUGAAAAAGAUGUGCAGUUCAAAGUAUUGUAUUGUGGAAUUUGCCAUACUGAUCUUCAUCAGCUCAAGAAUGAAUGGGGCAACAGCGUAUAUCCCAUUAUACCUGGGCAUGAGAUUGUUGGUGUAGUAACUGAGGUUGGUAACAAGGUAAAAAAGUUUAAAGUCGGAGACAAAGUAGGCGUUGGAUAUUUAGUAGGAUCGUGUAGCAAAUGCGAAAACUGUUGCAAUGAUCUCGAAAACUACUGUCCCGGUCUGAUAACAACAUCCAGUGCUACUUACUCUGAUGGAACCAUUACAUAUGGAGGUUACUCGGAUCUCAUGGUUGUCGACGAGCACUUUGCAGUUAAUUGGCCAGAAAAUUUGCCAAUGGAAGCUGCUCCUCUGUUAUGUGCUGGGAUUACAACCUAUAGCCCUUUGAAAUAUUAUGGACUUGACAAGCCUGGAAUGCACAUCGGUGUUGUGGGCCUUGGUGGUCUUGGCCAUAUGGCUGUGAAAUUCGCUAAGGCAUUCGGAACCAAUGUGACUGUUAUCAGCACGUCUCUUAGUAAGAAAGAGGAAGCAAUUGAGCGUUUGGGCGCGGACUCAUUUUUGGUCAGCCGUGACCCUGACCAAAUGCAGACUGCAGCAGGAUCACUUGAUGGCAUCAUAGACACAGUCUCUGCAACUCACCCUCUUUCUCCAUUGAUUAAUUUGUUGAAAACUAACGGGAAGCUCGUGAUGCUUGGGGCGCCAGAAAAACCACUAGAAUUGCCCGUGUUUCCCUUGCUUUUAGGACGGAAGCUAGUGGCAGGGAGUGGGGUAGGAGGGGUGAAGGAGAUACAAGAGAUGGUAAAUUUUGCGGCAGAACAGAACAUAACACCAGAUGUCGAAGUCGUGCCAAUGGAGUACGUGAAUACAGCGUUGGAGCGUCUUGUGAAAUCGGAUGUGAAGUAUCGUUUUGUGCUUGACAUUGGCAAUAACAAGGGUUAGAUGAGACUUUUUGUUCUCGCUGUGUGUUUGUAUUUUAGGCAAGAAAAUGGUGAGUUCAUGAGGGAAUUACAUAGUCCGUUGCAUUUUGCAUCCUUAAUGUGUGUUCUGUUUUGUGAUUUGCACCCUAUCCUAUUUUAUUUUAUGACUUGCACCCUAA